UGUGUUUAUUGCUGUCAAUAUGUAUAUACACAUGACAGGAAUAGCACAUGUUUCCUGUGUAUUUGCACUUGGUAGUUUUGAAUUAACUGUAUGUUUAUUGAGUCACAUGACUCACCCAAACCAGUCACAGCAACUGAAUAAUUUAGAACCAGUCAUGGUAUAUAAAUUAAAAUGUCAUUUUUCUGUUCUGUUUUUUGUUGUUUUUUUUACUUUACUUUUAUAUUUUAUAUAUUUUUUAAAUAUCAAUUUCAAUAAAUAUGAGAUAAUAUGAGACAUGGCAAUUAAAUUGCCUUUUUUGAUAUUUUUAUUUUUAUAGAUUUAUAAAUAGUCAAAAACAAAAUAUCUUACAGAUUUCUUUUUUUAACUUUUCAGGAUAUAACUUGUUUGGAGCAACACAGUCUAGCACAAACAAACAUGGGGCACAGUCUGGCAUGAAUAUUGAUAACCAGUCUAUGUCACUUCACCAGCCUAUGUAUGGUUUCCCACCAACACCCCCAGAUGAUGAUGACAUCAGUGUAGGAGGUGGUAGCCAUAGCAACCGUACCAGUCUGGAUUACAACCAAGAAAAAGGUUUCAAGCAACAAGUCAAAUCAGAAUAUAUGCCUGGACUGGCUCAACGAAUGACUGAAUCAGUCUCUCCAGAUAUGCCAAAGUUCACUAAGCCAUCUCCAAUGGAUAGUUAUAAUAUGGUUGAUGCAACUGACUACUCAAUGAACAAUUUCGCUCAUAAACCAGAAGUUAAUACAACGGCUGCCCAUUCACCAGAUUCUAUCAAAUCCACGGAAGAACCAGAAUGCCAAUACCGAACUUCACCAGACUUCACCACACAAUCAAAAGAUUUGAGAAUGCCGUCUGCUUUUGUACCAACCCACUCUGCCAUGGACUCCAACAACACCUGUAUGCCACAAUUUCCACCUCAGUUUGGUGAAGAGUUCCCCAACAUGACCGAUAUAACCGAGGUAAAUGAGAAAAAAGAAGUAACUAAAACAAAAUCAUCCCCAAAGGACACAACACCUAAGGUGACAAAAGCAACUCAGGAGGGGAGGGAGUGUGUCAACUGUGCCGCCACCCACACACCACUCUGGCGCCGAGAUGGCAAUGGUCACUUCUUGUGUAACGCAUGUGGCUUGUAUGCUAAAAUGAACGGGACCAAUCGACCUCUGGUAAAACCAAAGAAGCGUCUUUCAUCAGGAAAACAAAGUGGUGUCUCCUGCACAAACUGUGGAACAAGCAGCACUACUCUUUGGCGCAGAAAUGCCAGCGGAAGCCCAGUCUGUAAUGCUUGUGGCCUCUACUAUAAACUUCACAAAGCUGACCGCCCACUCAAAAUGAAGAAGGAAGGAAUUCAAACAAGAAAUCGAAAGAUGUCUAUGAAAAGCAAGAAGAACAAGAAAGUCAACCUCACAGUCUCUGAUGCCGACAUUUUCAAACGAUCAUUCGAAAACAUCGCCAACUUCAACCAAAACUUCAACCAUUCCUACCACCACGCUCCCUUAUCAAUGUACAUGAACCCAAAGGACCAGGGUUUCGGAUCCAGUCACUACAUUCCAAAGGCACAGAUGAACAUGCCACCAACCAGCUCACCCUUGAACCAUCCCUACCAAGGACUUAACAACUUCUCAACAUCUUUUCAAUCCAGUUUUACACCAGUGUCAAGUAUGGGAAAUUCAAUGUCCGGAUACCCAUCAUCAGGACUUUUGUCAGGAAUGAAUUUUCCAGCAUCAAACAUGCUUAAUUCAGCAUUAGCUCUUGGAUAAACAUAGAUACACUGUAAAAUAGUUGACAUUAUCUAUUACUUUAAUCAAAUGUGUACAUAUAAGUGUUGAUCGUAAAUAUUAUUUAUAUUUUUUAAGUGUAAUAAUAUAUAAUAUAUUGUGUUGUAUUUUCUUUGUAUUU